AUGCAUCUCUCACUCACAAACCUCGCCACUCUCGCACUCACUAUCACAACUACCCUCGCCUGGUCAGACUCCUACGGAGAUGUUCCCCAAAACUCGUUUUCCCUGCUCAUCAAAAAGGCACUCACCACCGACAGCUAUCAAGGAUACAAUAACAGCAUCUACACCAGCCUGAACACGCAACAUUACCCCGACAACUUUACCCCUAAAAACCAAUUCAUAGUUAGAGGUAACCAAUGCUUCCAAUACGUUGGUCUUCCUCCUAGAGAUGACCUUGAUAGCACUCCUGAUAUCAAAAUCGGUUUAGACCACUGCCGAAACCUCGGAAGCUCCGAUAUCUCUCUUUUCUAUAAAGAUGAGGAAAUUAGCGUGUCUAAUGAUGACAGAUGCGAGCCUCUCUCUGGUGAUGAUGAGGGCGGAUUUAGAUGCAUUCUGGAAGCUUGA